AUGGCUGACGAUAAGGAGAUGCCAGCUGCUGUAGUUGAUGGACAUGAUCAAGUCACUGGUCACAUAAUUUCCACCACAAUCGGAGGCAAAAAUGGAGAACCAAAACAGACAAUUAGUUACAUGGCGGAGAGAGUUGUCGGUACAGGCUCGUUCGGAAUAGUCUUCCAGGCAAAGUGUUUGGAGACUGGUGAAACCGUGGCGAUAAAGAAGGUUUUGCAAGACAGGAGAUACAAGAACCGAGAGCUUCAGCUGAUGCGUGUGAUGGAUCAUCCGAAUGUGGUUUGUUUGAAGCAUUGCUUCUUUUCAACGACAAGCAAAGACGAGCUUUUCCUCAAUUUGGUUAUGGAGUAUGUCCCUGAGAGCUUGUAUCGAGUCCUGAAACAUUACAGCACUGCAAACCAAAGAAUGCCUCUUGUCUACGUUAAACUCUACAUGUAUCAGAUCUUCCGUGGACUUGCUUACAUUCACAAUGUCGCUGGAGUUUGUCACAGAGAUCUAAAGCCUCAAAACCUUCUGGUUGAUCCUCUUACUCAUCAAGUCAAAAUCUGUGACUUUGGCAGUGCGAAACAGCUUGUUAAAGGUGAAGCCAACAUAUCUUACAUAUGUUCAAGAUUCUACCGUGCACCUGAGCUCAUAUUUGGUGCCACGGAGUACACAACUUCCAUUGACAUCUGGUCUGCUGGUUGUGUUCUCGCUGAGCUUCUUCUUGGUCAGCCUUUAUUCCCUGGAGAAAAUGCUGUGGAUCAGCUCGUUGAAAUCAUCAAAGUUCUUGGUACACCAACUCGUGAAGAGAUCCGUUGUAUGAAUCCACAUUACACAGAUUUUAGGUUUCCUCAGAUAAAGGCACAUCCAUGGCACAAGAUUUUCCACAAACGGAUGCCUCCAGAAGCGAUUGAUUUCGCAUCAAGGCUGCUUCAAUACUCUCCAAGUCUUAGAUGCACAGCGCUCGAAGCUUGUGCACAUCCGUUCUUUGAUGAACUCAGAGAACCAAAUGCUCGUCUACCGAAUGGACGGCCAUUCCCGCCUCUCUUCAACUUCAAGCAAGAAGUAGCUGGAGCAACACCUGAGCUGGUUAACAAGUUGAUUCCAGACCAUAUCAAGAGACAGUUGGGUUUAAGUUUCUUGAAUCAGUCUGGAACAUAA